CUAGCGAUAAAUGUCAGUCGUCAAAAUCAGUACCUGCGUGUGCUUGAACGUGAAUAAAACAAAUUGAUCACUUUUUUAAGAAAAAAAUUGUUUCCUACUCUACAUAAACUCAAGUGAUGUCUCUGAAGCUGAACAAAUUUGAGACUCCAAGCUCUGCUAGCUCAGAUAGUGACACAGAAUUGGCCCUAGAGCCGGAGCAGGUGUUCCUAGAUGAUGAGGACUACACACGAGCCCCGGCCUCACCUACAACCGUACCCAAUGUACGGACAUAUAGACCACCUUCAACAGGUUCGAAUAUAAUGAAGUCCCCCCGAACGCCUCGUGUUCGUACAGCGUCUAUGUCGCAGUCGAACAAACGGACAGCGGCGGGUAGCAUUUUACACGCGGACAGACGGACUAUAUAUACAGCUGGAAGGCCCCCUUGGUAUAACUGUACCGGGGGUCAGGAGGUGGAGCCCUUUCUUAUAGGUAUCUGCGGAGCGAGCGCGUCGGGGAAGACGACUGUCGCCGAAAAAAUAGUAGAAUCCCUUAACAUACCCUGGGUCACCAUCGUCAGCAUGGACUCCUUCUAUAAGGUGCUGACGGAGAAGCAGCACAUAGCCUCGAUGCAUAAUGAAUACAACUUCGAUCACCCGGACGCGUUCGACAUGGACCUGCUGGUGGGGGUGCUGCAGAGGCUGCGCGAGGGGAAGAAGGUCGAGGUGCCCAUAUACAACUACGUGACGCACUCCAGGGAGAACAGGACGAAAACAAUGUACGGUGCGAACGUCAUAAUAUUUGAGGGUAUUCUGGCGUUUUAUAACACGGAGGUGCUGAAGUUGCUGGAUAUGAAGGUGUUCGUUGACACUGACGCGGACAUCAGGCUCGCGAGGAGACUGAGGAGAGAUAUCGUCCAACGAGGUCGAGACCUCGAAGGCGUCCUGAAGCAGUACAUGACGUACGUGAAGCCUUCCUACCAGAGUUACAUAGCGCCGUGCAUGGCACACGCGGACAUUAUAGUGCCGAGGGGCGGAGAGAACAAGGUGGCCAUUAGCCUCAUAGUACAACACGUCCACAAACAACUACAACUGCGAGGCUUCAAGGUCCGGGAGAAGUUGGCGGUGGCGCACAUAGGCCAGCCAGUGCCGGACUCGUUGUACGUACUCAAAGAUACCCCGCAGGUCCAGGGUCUGCACACGUUCAUCCGCAACAAGGACACUCCCCGUGACGAGUUCAUCUUCUACUCCAAGCGUCUCAUGCGCCUGGUCAUAGAGUUCGCCCUGUCGCUCAUGCCCUACUCCGACCACUCCGUGGACACGCCGCAGGGGAUUCCCUACACCGGUCGGAAGUGCGACGUGGAGAAGAUCUGCGGCGUUUCCAUCCUCAGGGCGGGAGAGACGAUGGAGCAGGCCGUCUGUGAUGUGUGUAAGGACAUACGGAUCGGAAAGAUCCUCAUCCAGACCAACCAGCAGACGGACGAGCCAGAGCUGUACUACCUGCGCCUGCCGAAGGACAUCAAGGACUACCAGGUGAUCCUGAUGGACGCCACGGUGGCGACGGGCGCCGCCGCCAUCAUGGCCAUCCGCGUGCUGCUCGACCACGACGUGCCCGAGACCAACAUCUCGCUCGUGUCGCUGCUCAUGGCCGAGAUCGGCGUGCACUCCAUAGCGUACGCCUUCCCGCAGGUAAAAAUCGUCACAUCGGCCCUGGACCCGGAGAUAAACGAAAAGUUCUACGUGCUGCCGGGGAUCGGCAACUUCGGGGAUCGAUACUUCGGUACGGAACCCGCCGACGACGAGUGAGGAGGAGCCGCGACAGACAGACGGACACGCCUUCCACGCCAGUGCUGCACGUAUGUGACGGAAGAUGUUGGCAACACAGCUUCUAGUGUUUAUCAUAGGAUAUAUUUUCUUACCGCAGCGACCAGGUCGGGACUGGAGGCAGUUCUGUGUAGAUGAAUGUUAACCAUAUGAUAUAAAGUGCGUGCACAAGCAUUGUAUUGCCGAUAUCUGUCCGCGCGGAUAUAGACUGAAUGCCGUUCACUUAAAGGCCAGACUCGCCUGCCGGUGACGAGCGACUGGAUCUUCGUACUGCUCGCUUCGUUCUAGCUUCUCCGAUGCUAUGGGAGUGUUUAUAUACCAAAUAUUUAAUGUAUACAAACGUGUAUAAAACGUCUAGUCAUUUUUUUUAGUGUCGUAACGUUGCUAUCAGCGAAAUUAUAUUAGUGUAUUAUUAUUUAAUGUGAAUUAAAUUAUUUAUUCUUGUGAAUUACUAUUAUUGUCUUUAAUAUUUGUUAUCUAUUCUUGAGUAUCGUAUGACACUUCCAUAGCAACACCCCUGUAUGCAAACGUGCGAGCCAUAUUGUUUUAAUAUAAUUUUAAGAACUGUAAUCUUCGUACCCAAAUCACUUGAUGUGUAUUGAGAAUAACAUAUAAUAUUGUAUUAUAGGUGUGCUCUAUUGGAGAACCUAAAUAAUGUUCUGUUUGUAGAUAUAGUACUGAUAGAUUGUAUUGAAAAUUAAUAUAGCACAAAGGUACAUGGAUCUACUGCUAGGGCUACAGAAUAUAAUCAAAAUACAUUGCACAAUCCGGAGCCAGGAAAUAAAAUGAAUGUAUAUUUAAAUAAAUUUUCCCCUUUUUAUUGUGACAUUUAAAACAUUGUAAAACACUACAUUAAUUAUCUAUAUGUAAGUACUGGAGUGAUACUGUCCGGAUCAAUAAAUGUCUAUCUUCAAUCAAUGUAUGCUAUACUAAGAGUAUUUCCGAGGUUUACUUGUUACGAGCCACAAAUGAACUGAUCCCAUGGAAUUGUUCUAUAAACAUUACAGGAAAUAAUGUUGUCCUGGAAUUCCAUGGAGAAGUUGCAACGCUAACUCCAACCCAAAACAUUAUGGUGCUUUUAUGAAAUGUACUGUGUUCAAAUACAAUAGAUGUAACCUGACUCUGAUCUUAAACAGAUUGUAAAGCGCUCAUUCCGUUCUCUGCCACACUUUAUUUACUGUAGGUGAUACGUUUCUAGCAUGUUUUUUAAGUUAUAUGAGUGACAGACAGACUUACGUUUGUAAGUAGCUUAUUUUUAAUGAUCAUAUGCUGCCGAAUGACUGUUCCGUUAUGUGGGGAACUCGCUGUAAGAUAAACGUUUUAGUUGUAAUUUUUAUUUAUUAGUUAACUUUAAUUUAUAAAACAUUUUCUCUACACUUAAACCGUGCUUAAUUACUAUUAUAAGUUAUGUAUGUGAACCUGUAUUUAUGGUGGGUGCGACUGUCGCGCGACUUAUCUGUCGUUCGUCCGACUGUCGCAUAUUUUCUCUUUGUUAUUCUAACUGGUUUAUGUUAUGUACAUAUUAUGGCACAAGCGUGUUAGUACCACAUGUAAAUUUCUGUGAAUAUACAAUUAUAAUGAAACAAAACCAAUAAAACUUAAGAAUA